AUGUCUGUCAUUCUCUGUACAGCUGGCUACGACCACACUAUUCGGUUUUGGGAGGCGUUGUCCGGAAUUUGCUCCCGGACGAUUCAGCACCCUGAUUCACAAGUCAACCGAUUGUGUAUCUCCCCAGACAAGCGAUAUCUCGCGGCGGCCGGCCAUCACAGUGUGAAGCUAUUUGAUAUACGCUCUACCAAUCCUGCCCCCCUCACCACACUUGAGGGUCACACAGGCAAUAUCACCGGCGUUGCAUUCCACUGCGAGAGCAAAUGGAUCGCAACAAGUUCUGAGGAUGGCACCGUAAAGAUCUGGGACACAAGGGGCGGUCACGGUAUCCAAAGAAGCUACAACCAUGGUUCCCCAGUCAACGACGUCGUUAUUCAUCCAAACCAAGGCGAGAUCAUCAGCUGCGACAGGAGUGGUAGUAUUCGGCUCUGGGAUCUCGCUGAGAACACCUGCGCCCACCAGCUCAUCCCAGAGGAUGAGGUGUCUGUGUCCAGUGUCACUGUCGCAACCGACGGCACCCUUCUUUGUGCCGCUAACAACGCCGGCAAUGUCUAUGUCUGGCAACUCCUUCAAGCUUACGAGCGGACCCAGCUGGUCCCCCUGACUCAUUUCUCGGCACACAAGGAAUAUAUCACGCGCAUCUUGCUCUCACCGGACGUAAAGAAGCUAGCUACCUGCAGCUCUGACCACACCGCCAAGAUUUGGGAAGUCAAGGACAUGGAGCCCGUAGGCCCCGACGAAGAGCCACGAGCCUUCCCUCUCGAAGCCACCCUAACGGGCCAUCAGCGCUGGGUGUGGGACUGUGCUUUCAGUGCCGACAGCGCAUAUCUUGUAACAGCAUGCAGUGACCACUAUGCACGUCUGUGGGAGUUGCACACACAGCAAAUUAUCCGUCAAUAUAACGGCCAUCAUCGCGGCGCAGUCUGCGUCGCGCUCAACGACUACUCCGAGGGUCGAUAA